CCCGCCCCGCCGCGUCACUGCCGGAGCGGCCCAAGAUGGAAGCCGGCGCCAGCGACGGGGGACCGCUCCCUAGGCUCCGGCGCCCUUUACGGCCAGGGGCAGAGCCCCGCGACCCGCUGCUGCCGCAGCCGCCUUUCGGGGGCGCAGGGACAGCCGAAGAGUCUACAGCUGUAGAGAAGAAGAAGCAGCCUCUUGCCAGACUGAAUAUUCAUUCUGCAUUCUGGAUUUUGGCAUCAAUUGCUGUGACAUACUACUUUGAUUUUUUCAAAACUGUUAAAGAAACUAUUCAAGCAGAUAGCUGGUGGCUUGCCUCUGGCAGUUGUUUGUUGGCUGCAUGUUUAUCUGUUGCCUUUUACUGCAUACUGUAUCUUGAGUGGUAUUGUGGUAUUGAGGACUACGAUACACAGUAUCCGGCACUGAUACCUAUCACAACAGCUACCUUUAUUGCAGCAGCAAUUUGUUUCAAUGUUGCCUUGUGGCCUGUCUGGUCGUUUAUGACACCUUUGUUGCUCUUCAUUCAGUUUAUGGGUGUUGUGAUGCUUGUGUCACUCCUGGGAUAAAUCCUUCAGCUUCAUGUGAAGGACUCAAGCAACUGUUACCCUGCCAAGUGAAUGUCACUUUUGUAACACUCCAAUGCUUUUAUUGUUUCUAAUACUGCUUGUUUGCUCUGAUACUGUAAUUAUUAUACUGCCUGAUUUAUAAAUUAAAUGGAUAUAACCAUGGGUCUGCCAGUGGCUGGGAGAAAGCAACUGAUUAGUAAAUAAUUGAAGGAUACAUAGGUUUUACCUCUCUUAGAGACAUAAAGCAUUUCCUCACUGUUUAGUAAAGCUUCUAUUUAUAUUUCAUUUUUAAACAGCUGGGUAGUAAGCCAUAGAACAGUUUGGGUUAGAAGGGGCCUAUAAAGCUCAUCUCUGGGGACUCCAGAGAUCACCUAGUCCAACUUCCUGCUCAAAGCAGGUUGUUUCAUUUGUAAAUUCAAAUCUUGUGGGAUCUUAAUACUAGAUUCUUUCUACUUGCAGCAAUAAAGAGGCUGAUAUUAAUUUAAAUGCAAAUAGUCAUGCACAAUUGGGCAAAUAAAACAACAUUGUCUGUUCAUCUUGGCUGAGGUGCUUAAUCAUCUGGAAACCUGGGCACCAUCUAAUUGCUUGACCAUUUUAUAUAGAUCCUUGUGUUAAAUACUUUCACACCUACACCUUUUGGAAGAUAGGAGAUUGUAGAAGCUGGAUAUUGAAACUUGCUAAAAUUUACUCCUUGUGACUGGUGCUUGAACACUGGACUGUUAGAGGAGACUGUGUUUUUCAUUCUGACUUUCAAUUUCAUACCAUUGCUGAGUACAAAGUACAUGAAAUAUUUAGUAAUGAAAAUGAUAGACAUUGUCUUUAGCUGCUGCUGUUUCAGUAUGGAAAAAUGUUGCUAUUGGUAUUCAAUACAAAAGACCAGUCAAACCAAACUAAAAUAUAUUUAGCACUACUGUUAAGUAGCUCAUAGAGUAAGUUAACAGCUUGAUUUUUUUAAAAUGUAAUGUUUAAGUUUUCCAAACCCAGUUGUACUUCAUCUUUAAAAAGCGAGUUGUUUAUCUUCAUCUUUUAACAAUCUUUAACUAUUUUACAUGUGCAUACACAGGUACAUUUGAGUAACUUGUUUAUUAUGGUAUUUAAAAAGCAGUGCUGCUCAGGGAUGGUAAUUAUCACUGUAUUUUUGUCAGCUAUAUAAAUGCUCUAGCUGGUUUAAAUUGCCUUGUACUCUUGAAUUAAAAUUACUGUUUACUACAUGGUUUUUCACGUUUGUUCUUCUGGACAUAAUAAACUUUGUAUAAAAGUGA